UGCUGCCAAUUAUUUUGAAGGUGAUAUCUUUUACUCGACGUAUAUUUUUUAUUGUCUGCAUUUAGUGGUUUUUUUUAUUUGUUGAUAAGAUCAACCUUAAGGUUCACAUGAGAAAUUUAUUUGGUAGUUGUUGUUUUUUUUUUUUGGUUGUUAUUCUUCGUUUUGUAAAUAAUAAUACACAAAUCUGCAGAUCUCGUUUAUAUUGUGAUUCAUGAUUUAAGUUGGCAAAUGUGUGGAAUCUAUUGUUAUUUACAAGUCAGCCCUUUUCAGCGUCGAAAAGCUUUUAAUAUUACUUUAUUGAUGUAAAUUUACAGGUGUAACCAAAUCUGACAAACAAUAUUAUCAGAUUUGCAAUAAAAACGUCACUAAAAGUUGCAUUUCCUAGCUAUAUAAGACUGAAAGUGCAUUGAACGAAAACGUCAAACUAUUUUGGGGUUUUACCAGAGAAUCUACUGAAAGUCCUUGGGGAAAAUGAAGCGAACUCUCCUGAUUUCGGCCAUUGUUUUUUGCGGUCUAGCUGUUGUGAAGGCAUUAGAGUGCCAGGAGUGCCUAACGGAUAACGAUGUAUACUGUGUAGACCAAACUUCCUAUAGGAAUUGCAUCAAAAGUAAACCUUUUGGCAACGUGAUAAGCUGUCCCGCCGAUACGGUUUGCACAAACUCGAAAAAUGUUUGUGUGAAAAGUUCUGAAAUAUCAAAACCUGUAGUCGAUGUCUGUGGAACCUCCGGUGGAAACAAGUGUGCAUCGUGCGCAAAUCUGAAAUAUGCUUGUGUUAGCAAAAAUCAAUUUGCCAGGUGUUCCGAAUCGGUUUUGGUCGACUCCAAUAUCUAUGACUGCGAUGCUGAUGAGAUUUGCAGUUCGGAAGCACUGGAAAAGUACGACAACAUAUGCACGCCUUCUUGUGUUCUCGAUUUUCUCAACUUGAGAGCUAGUUGCAGCAACAGUGAAUACAUGACAACAACUACCGCAGCACCGACAACUGUCACACCCAGUGCAGAGCAGAAAAAUUCUACCUGUACUGAAGCUGAAAAAGAUCUUAAAAUACCUAAGGAAACCUGGUACUUCUUUACGAUCUACAAGGAGGAUACUUCCUGUCACACUUAUCUUUACUGCCAAAGAAAUGAAACCACCACAUGGGACACCGUUUAUAUGUCCUGCCAACAACCCAAGCCAUAUUUUGAUUCUACAACCAGCCUUUGCGUAUCGACAAAACCAACUGGAUGCAUAUAACAAAUAUCAUUUGACGAUCUUAAAGUCCAUUACUUUUAAAUAUAUAUCUAAAUUAUAUUAUGGGAUUUGGAAAAUA